CAACAACAAAUAACGCCAGAAGAAACCUGUGUGUAGCUGCUAUGGUGGUGCGUCUAUCAAAUUAUUACAGUUGUCCUCGAUUCAUUGCCCCCACUAUAAAAUCCCUCUCAUCCAUCUCUUCUCUUCACACUCGCAAAACAACACCAUUAUUCCCAGUUGUUACUGUUUCUCUCUCCAUUUUCGCAUUCAAGGUAGAGGAGUCGUGAGUUGGGAUCAUCGUCAGUUUAUAUCGAAAGAGAGAGACAGGUAGAGAAGCGAGAAAGUCCGAUGACGAUUACGCCGGCGGUUCGGAUAUCGGAUCGGAAGCUGGUGGUGAAGGACCGCGCCAUCCUCACCGACGUACCGGACAAUGUGUUAGCCACGUCCGGUUCGUCGUCGGGUCCGGUGGAGGGGGUGUUUCUGGGUGCGGUUCUGGAAGAGGAGAAGAGCAGGCACGUGGUGUCAUUGGGGAAAUUACGAGACGUCCGGUUCUUGGCGUGCUUUAGGUUCAAGUUAUGGUGGAUGGCUCAGCGAAUGGGGGAUCAAGGUCGUGAGAUUCCGUUAGAGACUCAGUUCUUACUGCUCGAGACCAAAGACGGGUCCCACCUCGAAUCAGACGGCGGAAAUCAAAACGAUCAGAUCGUCUACACCGUUUUCCUCCCUCUGAUCGAAGGCUCCUUCCGAGCCUGCCUCCAAGGCAACGACGCUCGGGACGAACUCGAGCUCUGCUUAGAAAGCGGCGACUCCGAAACGACGUCGUCGGUUUUCACUCAUUCGGUGUACGUCAGCGCAGGGACGGACCCCUUCGCCACCAUCACAGACGCAAUCAGAGCCGUUAAAUCGCAUCUCAAAACGUUCCGUCAACGGCACGAGAAGAAACUCCCCGGAAUCGUUGACUAUUUCGGGUGGUGCACCUGGGACGCGUUUUACCAGGAAGUAACCCAAGAAGGAGUCGAGGCAGGGCUUUCGAGCCUCGCCAGCGGUGGAUCCCCACCGAAAUUCGUCAUAAUCGACGACGGAUGGCAGUCGGUAGGCGGAGACAAACAACCACAGCCGUCGGAUCAAGCGCCGUUGCUGAGACUCACAGCGAUCAAAGAAAACGCCAAGUUCAAAAACAAGGAGGAUCCAGGGAAGGGGAUCGAGAACAUAGUGAAGAUAGCGAAGGAGAAGUACGGGCUGAGACACGUGUACGUGUGGCAUGCGAUCACGGGAUACUGGGGAGGGGUGAGGCCAGGGGAGGCAGAGAUGGAGGAAUAUGGAUCGUUGAUGAAGUAUCCAAAGGUGUCCAAGGGAGUGGUGGAGAAUGAGCCAGGAUGGAAGAGUGAUGCACUGGCGGUGCAGGGAUUGGGGUUAGUGCAGCCAAAGAAGGUGUACGAGUUUUACAAUGAGUUGCACGGGUAUCUGAGUGGGGCAGGGGUGGAUGGGGUGAAGGUGGAUGCGCAAUGUAUAUUGGAGACACUUGGGGGUGGAUUGGGAGGGAGGGUAGAGCUCACCAGAAUGUAUCAUCAGGCUCUUGAUGCUUCUGUUGCUUCCCACUUUCCUGAUAAUGGGAUCAUUGCUUGCAUGAGCCAUAAUACUGAUGCGCUUUACUGCUCCAAACAGACGGCUGUGGUGAGAGCAUCGGACGAUUUCUUCCCACGUGAUCCAGUAUCACACACGAUCCACAUCGCCGCCGUUGCAUACAAUACUUUCUUCCUUGGAGAAUUCAUGCUGCCAGAUUGGGACAUGUUCCACUCCCUUCAUCCUGCAGCUGAGUAUCAUGCAUCAGCCAGGGCCAUCAGCGGUGGGCCCGUUUACGUUAGUGAUGCACCUGGGAAGCACAACUUUGAUCUGCUGAAGAAGCUUGUUUUACCUGAUGGGUCAAUCCUCAGAGCCCAAUUACCGGGUCGCCCCACCAAAGAUUGUCUGUUCUCGGAUCCAGCCCGUGAUGGUGUUAGCUUGUUGAAGAUAUGGAACAUGAACAAGUACACUGGAGUGCUUGGAGUCUACAACUGCCAGGGUGCAGCCUGGAACACAAUUGAAAGAAAGAACACAUUCCACCAAACCGGAUCCGAAGCCAUAACCGGCUUGGUUAGGGGCUGCGAUGUCCACCUCAUUGGUGAUGUUGCCAUGGACCCCGAAUGGAAUGGUGACUCUGCCAUCUACUCUCACCGGAGCGGUGAGCUUAUCACUCUACCUUCCAAUGCUGCUAUGCCCAUAUCUCUCAAGGUCCUCGAACACGACAUAUUCACCGUUACGCCUAUCAAGGUAUUGGCCCCCGGGUUCAACUUUGCACCCUUGGGGCUCAUUGACAUGUUCAAUGCCGGUGGUGCAAUUGAAGCCCUUAAAUAUGAGGUUAAAGGAGGUGCACGGUUGUGUGAACUAGAAGAUGGAUAUAGAGGUGAAGGAAAUGAAUUGGCUGGAGAGAGGGUUGAGAACCUGAGUGGGGAAUUGGUUGCCAUGGUUCGGAUGGAGGUUAAGGGGUGUGGCCGGUUUGGUGCUUACUCAUCGGCUAAGCCAAGAAAGUGCACCGUGGGCUUGACCAUGGUUGAGUUUGAGUAUGAUUCAGUGUCUGGUUUGGUAACUUUGAACUUGGAUCAUAUGCCUGAGGAGGAUAAGAAAUUUCACAUUGUUGAGGUUGAGUUAUAAUUGAUUGUAGACUUGUUGUUGGGGUAGAGAGAAGAAGAGAUUGAAGAGGGAUUGUUCAGGGCUUAUAAUCUUUGUGAAAGAAUGUAGCCAUUCCCUCUCUGAUCUUUUGCAUUUGCUCUUUGUAUUGCUUUUAGCUUCAUGACUCCCUAACUAGCUUAUCUUUUGCAUUUGCUCUUUGUAUUGCUUUUAGCUUCAUGACUCCCUUACUACGAUGUAAAAUAAUGGGAGGGCAAUAAAUUCAAAUAAUUGUGUUCCUUUCUAGUUA